GCAAGUACAAAACUGCAUCUAGGGUUUUAGACAAAGCGGAAAAAAAAAACCCAAAUUAAAGAAUCGGGGAUUCAAAAAAAUCGAAAUCAAAAGCAAAAAUGUUUCCAGGAUUGUUUAUGAAAAAACCAGACAAAGCAGAGGCUUUGAAGCAGUUAAGGUCACACGUGGCCAUGUUUGGUGCCUGGGUUGUUGUGCUCCGUGUCACUCCUUAUGUUCUUCAUUACAUCUCUCAUGAAAAGGAUGAGCUCAAGCUCGAGUUCUAGAUCCCACCUUUCUUUCUGAAGUGGUCCUGGAGGAGACGAAUUCUGUUGAGAUGAAGAUGAGUGUCCGAGCUCUAUCUAUUUUCUUUCCUUCUUCUUCAAGCUGAAAGCACGUGAAGUUAUCUUGUACUUGCAUUAGGUCAUCUUUUCUAGCUUCUUAUGAUUUUGGAGUUUCAAUACUUUGAUAUUAUUUAAUGGCUGGUUGAUGUAUUUAUUCCGUGGAAUAUACUUAGGUGAAAGAAUUUUAUUUCUUA